AUGGUGUUCGCCGACGGUGGCAGACGUUCUCCGGAGCGCAGGGGGAGAAGCUCGAGUACAAUAAGUGGUCCUGUUAGUGGCAUGGUACAUCGACCACGACUAGAAAGCGAUGUUCGAAAUGCAUCGGCUCAAAGAGCAAGGGCGGAUGCUGCGUUGAACAUAACCAACCUGUCUGACGAGAAACCGGUGGCCAGCGGGAAUGGCGUGUCUGUUGCAAUUGCAUUGGCGGAACCUGUCCUGUUUCUCCAAGGCUACGAUGCCAAUGACCCAUCCACGCAUAACACAACAAUGCUUCGCGGAAGCCUCGUGCUGAAAGUCUCCAAACAAGCCAAAUUGAAGUCAAUAUCCCUGAAUUUCCGGGGGAAGUCAGAAACAGAGUGGCCAGAGGGCAUUCCACCUAAGCGGACAGAAUUUCGAGACACCACGACGAUCAUGAACCAUACCUGGUCAUUUUUCAACGCUCAGAUUCCCUCUGCCGAGUACAGUUACGGUGCGGAUCUCGUUCAGCUGAGCAAAGGCCCUUCGGUCGAGUCGAAGGAGCUCGGGGUUACGUCCUCUUUUGACCUGUUCCAGCGCAGUGCAUCCCCUGCGAAGGCCGCUUCCACCGCACGCGAGAUAAAGAGGCUGUCUCUACAGGCGAAUCAAUCGCGAAGUUUUGGCAAAGGCGAUACUAUCAACGGCGGACCUACCGUUGCCCAAAAAGGCUUCAAGGUGUUUCAUCCUGGAGACUACAUUUACAAUUUCGAAUUGCCACUGGACUCUCGUCUACCAGAGUCAAUCAACGUAGAUUUAGGCAACGUCAAAUACGAACUCGAGGCCUUGGUUGAGCGUUCUGGUGCUUUCCGAGCAAACUUGGUAGGCGCCAAGGAACUGACCUUGAUAAGAGCGCCUGCCGAAGGCUCGCUCGAGCAGGUCGAACCCAUAGCAAUUUCACGCAAUUGGGAGGACCAACUUCAUUAUGACAUAGUCAUAUCAGGGAAGUCUUUCCCACUGGGCUCGACGGUGCCCAUUGCCUUUAAAUUGACCCCAUUGGCAAAGGUGCAAUGCCACCGGAUUAAGGUCUUUGUAACGGAAAAUAUUCAGUAUUUCACCAACAACAAAAAGGUGCACAGGCUGGAGCCGACCAGGAAAGUUCUGCUGUUUGAAAAACGGGCAGAUGGGCAUAGCGUCUCUUCCUAUCCCGGAAGCUCUAUGCGCAUCCUUGCUGGUGGAGGUGUCCCAUACGAUUAUCGCUCUGCAGCGGCACGUGGCGAAGAAGACAUCCCUAGGGAUCAGACCAAUCUUUUAGGAAACCUUGACAACGAUGCUGGAAGCAUCGGCCCUACCGAAAUGGAGUUCAACGUGCAACUACCAAGUUGUCAUCAGAUGAAGGACAAGCUACGAAGCGAGCGUUUACAUUUUGACACGACGUACUCUAAUAUCCAGGUCAAUCACUGGAUCAAGAUUGUGAUGCGUCUAUCCCGUCCGGACGAGAACGACUCUGCAAAAAGACGUCAUUUUGAAAUCUCGAUCGAUUCGCCUUUCAACAUUCUCUCUUGUCGCGCCACUCAGGCAAAUAUAUCGCUCCCAGCCUAUGAGGCAGGUGGUACAGCGCCUACCCCAGCCGAUGAAUUCGAGUGUGGCUGUCCAGGUGCUGCUUUGAGAAGAAGGAACACGCCUCCAACAUCUCAGAAUCGAGUUCCACCGAUCAAUACUCAAGUAGGUAGUGGACCUGGACCUGGUGUACAGAGGAGCUGGACCAACGACUCCGGUGGGCUCACCAUGCCCUCCCAAGCUCAUGUGGCCAACGACCCGAAUAACACUCAGCCAAGACCAAUGCAUUUACUGCGAGCCCCGUCCUUCAACCCACCUCCCUUCGACGAGGAUGAGCCUCCACCACCGUUAGUUACACCCCCUCCGUUGUACGAUAACAUCGUGCCUGGAGAUUCCAGCGCUGCCUUGGCUGACUAUUUUGCUCGUCUUGCCGACGAGACUUCUGAUGAGGACGAUCGACUGGAUCGAUCACGUGUGGACUAUCCUCUCACACCUGGAGGAAGGCUCAACAGAAGCAUGGAUAUUCCCAGAACCUGGCCACCCCUCGGCUCCAGUUCAAACGACCCACGACCAUCAAAUCUGGUAACGUCGACCUCUGUUGCUCAAUAA